CCCAGGGGGCCAGGCAGUGAGGACGGUCACAGGGUGCCCCUGAGGGACUCUGCUGGGACAGCGGGGCCCUGAGGUGGUGCUUGGGGGCAAGUAAGGACCUUAAGCCCCCCUGGCAUGGGGGCAGCAGGGCCCAGAGGCAGGAGCAGGGGUCUGGCUACCUCUUCCCUGGGAGCUGGGAUCCAGUGGGGCAGCCGUGGGGAGAAGGAGCCAGAGGCUGCACCCCAGCCCCCCUUAGCAGCCCCCCAGGGCUCCUGUCCUUGCCGUACCCACAGGGCAGACGGUCCGCCUGGGAGUGAUGGCCCAAAUGAGGUGCAGUCAGGGGCUUGGCCCCUCUCCGGGAUGGAGCUUGCCUUGGGGAUACUCCCCUCUGCUGUGCCCCUCUCCCAGCCAGCCACUCCCCCCAUGCCCCAUUCUUCACCCCUCCGCCCCCAGCCACUCCGUGACCCAGGAGCCAGAUGGAAGCAGACACCCCCUAGAGGGGAAAGGCCCCCUGCCCCAUUCCCUUAGCCAGCUCUCCAUCCUAGCAAAGAGAGUUUCCAGCACCCAAAUCCCUUCCCUACCCUCCCCGUUCUGCUCUGAUCCUCUUCUGCCUCUGCCCAGGCAGACAACAUGGCCAUGGAGGAGGACUACGCGCUGACCCAGACCCAGACCGCCAGCCAGGUGCAGCGGAACUUGGAGAGAUUCUCAGGGGCUCAAGUGGAUCAGAAGGUGAGUGAAUUGGUGCAAUUCCUGCUGAUCAAGGAUCAGAAGAAAAUCCCCAUCAGACGGGCAGAUAUUCUGAAGAACGUCAUCAAAGACUACAAAGAGGUCUACUGUGAGAUCAUUAACCGAGCCAGCAGGACCCUCCAGCAGGUGUUUGGGCUGCAACUGGUGGAGAUAGACACUAAGCAUCACAUCUACAUCCUGGUCAGCAACCUGCCACGCCUGGAUGGGGAGAACCUGAAACAGGACGAUCGCACGGCGAAGCUGGGCCUCCUCACCGUCAUCCUCAGCUUCAUCUAUAUGAAGGGCAAUGCUGCUAAGGAGUCUGAUGUGUGGGAGAUGUUGAAGAAACUGCAAGUUGAACCCGGAAAGAGACACAAGGUCUUUGGGAAUGUCAGGGAGUUGGUGACUGUGGAAUUUGUCCAGCAAAAGUAUCUGGAGUACAGCCGCAUGCCCACCACAGACCUGGCAGAGUUUCAGUUCCAGUGGGGGCUGCGGGCCACCAAGGAGACCUCCAAAAUGCAGAUCCUGCACUUUGUCGCCAAGCUGCCUGUUGCUGGGAUCCGGGAAGGGGCCCCCCAGAUCCGCUGGUCCUGCAGCAUGGCGCAGCAACGCGGGGUGAACAGUCUGUGCUUCAACCAGGACCAGAGCUGCUUCUGCUGCGCGAUGGAGUCCGGGGUGCGAAUCUACAAUGUGGAGCCGCUCAUGGAGAAAGGGCACCUGGAUCACGAGCAGGUGGGCAGCGUGGCCCUGGUCGAGAUGCUGCAUCGAUCCAACCUCUUGGCCAUUGUGGGGGGAGGAGGGAACCCCAAAUUCUCAGAGAUCUCAGUGCUGAUUUGGGACGACGCCCGCGAGGGGAAGGGUGGCAAAGACAAGCUGGUUCUGGAAUUCACCUUCACCAAACCCGCCCUGGCUGUGCGCAUGAGACACGACAAGAUCAUCAUUGUUCUGAGGAACCGUAUUUACGUUUAUUCCUUCCCGGAGAACCCCACCAAGCUCUUUGAGUUCGACACACGGGACAACCCCAAAGGGCUCUGCGAUCUCUGCCCCAGUCUGGAGAAACAGCUGCUGGUGUUUCCUGGGCACAAAUGUGGCAGCCUGCAGCUGGUGGACCUGUCGAGCACCCAGCCGGGCACCUCGUCGGCACCGUUCACCAUCAAUGCCCACCAGGGCGAGAUCGCCUGCGUCUCCCUCAACCAGCCGGGCACCGUGGUGGCAUCGGCCUCCCGCCAGGGCACCCUGAUCCGCCUCUUCGACACCCAGAGCAAGGAGAAGCUCGUGGAGCUGCGCCGGGGCACGGACCCUGCCACGCUGUACUGCAUCAACUUCAGCCACGACUCGUCGUUUCUUUGCGCGUCGAGUGACAAGGGGACCGUUCACGUCUUCGCCCUGAAGGACACACGCCUCAACCGCCGCUCCGCGCUGGCGCGCGUGGGCAAGGUGGGCCCGGUGAUCGGCCAGUACGUGGACUCGCAGUGGAGCCUGGCCAGCUUCACGGUGCCGGCGGAGUCGGCCUGCGUCUGUGCCUUCGGCCGCAGCUCCGCCAAGACCGUCAACUCCGUCAUCGCGAUCUGCGUGGAUGGCACCUUCCACAAAUACGUCUUCACGCCCGACGGCAACUGCAACCGGGAGGCCUUUGACGUCUACCUGGACAUCUGCGACGACGACGACUUCUGAGCCCCCCGCGCUGGGCCCGAGGCCGGAGCCGCAGAGGGGGCAGCUGUUCAUGGACUUCUAGCCGUGGGAACACUCAACUCCAGCUCUGAGAUCCACCUCCCCUCCCGCGGAGAUGCAGCCACCUCUGGGGCGGGCUGGCUGGGCAUCACGCUGCUCUGCGCUGAGAUGCAGCUCAGUUUGAAACAGCCCAGGAUUGAAACCAGACCCUCUGGUUUCUCACCCCACUGCCUGGAGGGGAACAGCCUGGCUUUUAUCUUCUACUACUGCUCCCUUCUAGUGGCACAGACACACCCCAGCCUCAGUCCCAUGGGGAGACACUGUACCCCCCCAUGUUCACCGCUUGUAAUGGCUACGAUAUUUUGUACAAAGUAUACCUUGUGAGGUAUCAUUUGAAAAGCCACAAUCUGCUGAA